UAAUAAUUUAUUAGUAAUAUCUAAAGUCUAAACGAUGAAUGAAAAUACCAAUACAGAUGUUGCAAACAAUGAAAUUUCAUCGGAAAAGGAACCAAAUGUCACAAGCGAGGAGCUGGAUGGCGGUCGGUCGGAGGGGACAAUCCGCUUCACGCUCAGGUCCAUCAGCCAGCUUAAGGAUGGUGAGAAGGCGCUGUCGGAGCCCUGCUACGUGCGGUGUCUGCCGUGGAAGAUCCUCGUCCUCAUCAAAUAUAGGGAAUGGGAGCAGCAGCAACAGAAAGGCCUCGGUGUGUUCCUGCAGUGUAACGCCGACAGCAAGACCCCAGGGUGGACCUGCUACGGCUUUGGCGAGCUCCGGCUGUUGACGCACCACCCGCAGAAGGAGCAUCUGUGUAAGAAGAUACACCACAUGUUUCACUUCAAGGAGCAAGACUGGGGCUUCGCCCAUUUUAUAUUGUGGAAAGAUUUGAUGGAUCCAGAGAAUGGGUAUGUCAAGGAUGACACCAUAGAACUAGAAGCCCAUGUAGCGGCAGAGGCGCCACAUGGUGUGUCCUGGGACUCCAAGUUACAUACUGGAUACAUUGGGCUGAAAAACCAAGGAGCAACCUGCUACAUGAACUCUCUACUCCAGACUCUCUUCUUCACCAACAUCUUCCGCAAAUCCGUGUACAAGAUACCCACAGUUGGUGACGAUAGCUCCCUGUCAGUCGCCUUCGCCCUACAGAGGGUUUUCCACGAUCUUCAGUUCUCGAACAAACCGGUAGCAACCAAGAAACUGACGAAGAGCUUCGGUUGGGAGUCGUUUCAGUCAUUUAUGCAACACGACGUACAGGAGUUCUUAAGAGUGCUCCUAGACAAGCUUGAGAGCAAGAUGAAGGGCACAGCGGUGGACGGGGUUAUACCGAAACUGUUUGGAGGGCGGACCUCCUCCUUCGUCCGCUGCCGGCACGUCAGCUGCACCAGCACUAGAGAGGAGACAUUCUACGACAUACAGCUCAGCGUCAAAGGAAAGAGUAACAUAUACGAGUCGUUCUCGGACUACGUCAGCACGGAGCUGCUGGAGGGCGAGAACAAGUACGACGCGGGCGAGCACGGCCUGCAGGAGGCGGAGAAGGGCGUGCGCUUCGACAGCUUCCCGCCAGUGCUGCACCUGCACCUCAUGCGGUUCCACUACGACCCGCGCAGCGACACCUCGCUCAAGUUCAACGACAGGUUCGAGUUCUACGAGGAGAUCGACCUGGGUCAGUACGUCCGCGAGGGUGGUCCGCCGCUGCGAUACACGCUGCACGCAGUGCUGGUCCACUCUGGGGACAACCACGGCGGACAUUAUGUGGUCUUCAUUGACCCACGUGCUGACGGCAAGUGGUACAAGUUCGACGACGACGUGGUGUCCCGGUGCUCGAAGCGCGAGGCGAUAGAGUACAACUACGGCGGCGGGGAGGACGCGCCCUACCUCGCGAGGAAGGCCACCAGCGCGUACAUGCUCAUCUAUAUACAGACGUCGGAGAUGUCGUACAUCUUGCAGGAGGUAUCGGGGGAGGACAUCCCGCGCGAGCUGCGCGAUCGCAUUGUCGACGAGGUCCGCUACGAGAUGGUAAGGUCAAGCGGCAGAAAGUUCGGAUUCAAAAAAAACAGAUCAGACACAUCAGUCCAGUCCGUAAGGCCCAGCGGGAGGAUCGUCAAUGCGUUCAGGAAUAUACUGCAUAUUGCUGGCACCAGUCGCAAACACGAGGACUAGAGCAAAACUUUCAAUCAUCCAAAAGAAAAAUUAUUGUCAGUACUAUGCCUCUUACAAUGUUCAAAUAUAUUUUGUAUUGCUCAGUACUUUUUAAUAAUGCCCAAUUCUGAAACAUAGGUGCACAUUGUGUUUUUAUUGUAUUUAUUGAAAUUAAAAUUAAAUAACUU